AAGAGUUAAUCCAUUAUCAGAGUUUAAAAGAAGCCUUUUGGGAGUUUUAAGAUGUUUUUCUCCGCGCUGCUGCUUCUUGCCGGUUUGGGUUCGCUCGGUUCUGUGUCUGGUUCUCCCGCCGUGGAGGAAGCUUACAGAGCCGUGAUAAGCGUCGUGUCUCCGGGGCUACAAAUUAUGACCGAGGACUCGCUCCGCAGCCUCUUUAAUACUCUGGAGAAACGUGUGCAGUGCGGUGAAGUGUCGUGUGAAAAGUGUGAUUUAGCAGAUGCCGUUCACCAGCUGCUCGGUAAUCACUCCGUCCACACAGAGGACGAAACAGGACACAACAUUACCGUCAGUGUCUCUGAGUUCCCGGCUGUUGCUGCUGGAAGCAUCCUGUACCUGGCAUCUCCCAGCCACACGUGUGCUGCAGUAGUUCAGGGGAGAUGGGCAGAGGAGACGGAGCAUUUCCUGCAUGAAAUCACACACGAUGAUCACCACGAACACGAGCAUGAAGAGAACGAGACGCACCAUGAGGAGGAACACAGACAUGAAGGCAAAGAAAACGGGACACAUCAUGAGCAUGAGCACAUCGACACUCAUGGAUUACAGCUGCUGUUUCAAGAGCUGCAUGAACACUACGAGCCCUCAGACAGUGAGGGCUGUGUGACUGCCAGUGACAUCAUGAUAGAGGUCAAUUCAUCUUCACCCGACCAGGAACAGGAAAUCGGUGCAGUUUUGGGUCGCGUCCUGUACCAUGCCUUGCUGGGUCGAUGCUUUAUCAGCCGUUCUCUGCCUGAAGAGAGCUUCUUCCUCGACUACAUCCUGGACCGUCUGGGGUCGGAGAAUUUCACAGUUGGGGAUCUGGAGGCUCUCAUGAAAAGUUUGAAUAUCGGGCCUGAAGGCGAACAUGGACACGAGGACAAUGGCCAUGAUCACGAUCAUCAUGAUCAUCGCCAUUGGAGAAGAAAGAAGAGGAGCAGCCAUAAGCAUGAACAUCAUGAGGAUCAUGAAGGAAACUCCACCUCGGAUCAUUUAUGUUUCUCGGCCAAAGAGCUUGUCGUGAUCUAUGGCCUAACAGACAACAGCUCCGCCUCCCCUGGCCUGGGUCGGUCCAGCUUGGCUCGGCUCAGCCCUGCACUCGUACAGCAGAUCCUGAGUGGAGCCUGCACAGACACCACAGAAACAGUGACGCCUGAUGGGCUCACCAAGACAGAGAGAUACAUCUAUGCCACUGUUGCUAAUCUGGUGAUAACACUGACAAGCAUGUUUGGCAUUGUGGUGCUGCUGUGUACUUCUUGCACCUCUGUAUUCCAGAUGUGCAUUCAGUUCUGCAUCAGCCUGGCUGUGGGAUCACUGACUGGAGAUGCUUUACUGCACCUGCUACCAAUGUUUCUAGGUUUACAUGUGCACUCUGUAGGAGAGGCUCAUCAUUCACAUGAGGAAGAAACUCCAGACUACAUUUAUAAGAUGCUGGUGGUGAUUGGAGGGAUCUACUAUUUCUAUCUGAUGGAAACAAUCUUCUCUCUGAUCGCAUAUAAAAACAAAAAUCAUCACCAUCAUCAGCAUCACCACGGGGAAGAAUCAGAGCCUCACCACUGUGAUCAUGGGAGAGUUUUAGAGAUGUAUCAACAAGAGAGAAAAAAGAAAGAUAGGACGGCAUCAAAAGCAGAUCUGGUUGGCGCUGAAGACAAUGAAAAGUCACUCCCAGAGCAAAAAGAGCGCACCAGAGAGCAGCGUCUGCUGCCCUAUAUGAUAACUAUCGGUGACGGCAUCCACAACUUUGCAGACGGCUUAGCAAUAGGCGCAGCUUUCUCCCUGUCAUGGAAGUCUGGUCUGGCUACAUCCCUGGCUGUGCUCUGCCAUGAGCUACCACACGAGCUGGGUGAUUUUGCCAUUUUGCUCUACAGUGGUAUGUCCGUCCGUAGGGCAUUACUCUUAAACAUAGGCAGUGCUUUAACAUCAUUCAUAGGCAUGUACAUCGCUCUGUCUGUGGCCACUGACCUCGCGACCAAACAGUGGAUAGCUGCCGUCACUGCUGGGCUCUUUCUUUAUGUCGGGCUUGCUGAUAUGCUCCCCACCAUGGUCCACAUCAGUAACAAGAAACCCUGGCUGAUGUUCCUGCUGCAGAACCUCGGCCUGCUGACUGGAUGGGGUAUUCUGCUGGUGCUGUCACUUUAUGAGGAGAGAAUCACCUUUUAAAGUGUGGACAGUCAUUACAGUCAACUGAGUUUAUUAUAGCUUUAAUGAAAUGUCCUGGAACAGAUUAAAGAGACUAAAUGACACGGCCAGUCUGAUGAGAAACUUAUCCAGUUGUAUGAGUUCUUGAAUGUCGAAAGUUUACUCAGCCACCCAAAGCCUUAACUUCUAAAACCAACCUACAUGUAUUUUUUAUUUGACUUGUUUCAAAUGUUGUUUAAAAAUAUUUGAUACAGGCCCCCUAACUGCUAUCUUUGGCGUACCCCCAGCAAAUGUAUCCACAACUUCUAAACAGAAUAAGG